GAACCGAUGGCAGUUGAAGAAACCGAUAGCAGUCCUUCCACUGAUCAGACUGAAACACGCAAAUGGAAGGAUUGCAAAGUGAAACCAGUUCCACAAAGUUAUGUUCCUGAUCAAGAUCUGCACUACGAAAUGUGGACUUCUUCGACGAAAGGAAACGCUCUCAUAAUAGGGAACGACUUCAUCUCGUCUGGGGGUGGUCCACGUCCUUAUGCGGACAAGGAUAUACAGAACAUGACAUUGCUCCUAACACGUCUUGGAUAUGAUUUUCGAAAUAAUGCCUUUAUCAAAAGUAAUCUCACCAAACAGGAUAUGAAUGAAACUGUAAACAAGUUCGUGGAUGAUCUAAGAGAGAGUAACCCACAAUCUGCAGUAGUCUACAUAUCUAGCCAUGGCAACAAGGAUGAAGUUCUUGGAAACGACAAUGGGUCCCUGGCAAUUCCGGUUUUGCUUGAAAAGUUCAAUGGAAUACUGCCUGGAAAGCCAAAGGUUAUCAUCAUUGAUGCGUGCUGGGGAGCUGACGAAACACAUGGCACACCAGUCUCAAGUUCAAACAGCGGAUCACAAGUGAUUAUGAUGCCACAUAACGCCGACAUUUUCCUGAUUCAUGCUACUUCAUACGGUAUGUAUUUCAGUUUAACUUAGUUUGUUGAGCAUUCCGAAACUAAAUUACACGUAACCACAUAUGGUUAUUGUAGUUUACAACUUAUGUUCUUGCAUUGACGAUAAUAUAAAUAUGAUUAGUAGUAUAGAGUCGACAUUGCAUCAAGGGUCAAUCGCGUAUUCGUAAUGAAAAGUAAAGCUAUACAUACAUAGUAUUUUGUGUCAAAUUUAAGGUUUGACGAUAUAAACCACCUUUCUUUUAUGCGGCCGCCAUUAAUUUCAAGUCAAACUGCUUACGAUAGCAGGACACUGUGUUUAUUGUUUACACAGAUUUCUUUAAUUUCUAAGAAAAUUGAUAAUUUUAUCGGUUUGUAUUCGUAUGUAUUAUGAGUGUUACGAUGCUGCAACAAAUAACGAUGAACAUUUAGUUUCAAAUUUGAUUUCCUUUUUUAUAUUACAGGAAAUAGAUCAAUCAUACACAGAACAAAACAAAAAUAAUGAUCUUACAUUUCUUGAAGUGUUAGAUGUGCAAUCCAAAGUUCUGUUUAAAUCCAGAUAAAAUCCAAGUUGGUUGCCAAAGAUUCCUUAAAGUAAAGUUCACAAUGAUGGCAAUGAUCAAAAUGAUUUUGAAGCACGAUGAAUAACAAUAGUCACUGUAACGAGUUGAAAUGUCCGUGAAAACGAAGUUGAUGAUGGCAAACAGUCGAAUUCAGCGACCCAUGAGUCGAAAAGCGUUUAUUAAAACAGGUUGAUGACAUCACUGAGAACGGAGAAUUCCUCUCUCAAAGUAACUCCAAACAGUUCAUUGAUGGCGUGCAAAGAAUUCCACAGAAGAUAAAUGUUGUAUUUCAGAUGAAAAUAAGCUAUGCUCUGACAUAAACAGAUAAAGUCUGGUGUAAAACUUUGAGUUCUGAUCUGAUAUUAUGAUGAUGUCGAAACUGCCAGCUUAUCAAUUUCCACUAUUCUGGAAGCUUCUAGUAUUGUCUUUAAAAAGAACAUUAUCCAUCUUUCUAGAAUAGUCCACUUCUAGAAGACUCUUGAAUGACCUCAGUGAAAUUUAAAAUGUAAACAAUAUGGCUAAUCCUAUUGUCCUUUUCACUGCAGGCAGGCUCUAUUGUCUAUCUUUGUACAUUCCAGAUAUAACAAAUUACUCAUUAAAUAGGCAUGCUAACAAAGCUUUACCGAAAAAUUCUGAAAUAUUCUUAAUCAUUAUAUGCUAUGAAUACCUUUAAUAUGAAAUAACUAAAUAAAUGAAUGCAAUUACUCUUACAACACUGAGUUGAUUCAAAUUUAUUACUCAUGCAAUGAAUGUACAAGUCUUUGUAUUUGAAUGAAGUAACAAAUUAAAAAGAAAUACGUGUAAUUGCUCAGUGGUGUAAUGAGCGUAGAAAUUGAGGGGGCUCAAUAUGGCGUAUUGCGUAAAAUAGAUAAGAAGUUGCGAGCGGGCGAGCAAAAAAUUUCGACAUUUUUUAUGACUAACGUGAUCACGGACGUCGGCUUUACCUUUACUUACAUUGGGUUUAACGCCCAACUCCCACACCUCCUUCUGAUCGGAUUCAAAACAUGUUUUCUUAGCGAAAUAUACACCCUUUUCACUUUUUUUCAUUUUAGUGUUUUGACACCCUUAUUACGUUACGUACGUAUGUUACGGUCAAACUGUAAACUCCCGCUAUAGAGUAACUUGCUCCCUAGCUUAUUGAAAAUAUGUCCAGUGUGUGCGCACACUGCCUCUGUGUGGCUUGGUACCAUUUGUUUGUAUACCAACGCAACGGAUGCACGUAUGGGAUCCACUGCAUGCACACGUACAUGAUUCCUUGUGAUUUUCUCUAAAUUUUAUGAUAAAUAUGCUGCACUUUUUACCAGGUUAUUAUAUGUCUUAAAUCUCUUUUAUUUUGUGAUGAGAAAGAUGUGUUUUUUUAGAAUGGACUACAACCUCCCCCCCCCC